AUUAUAGCCAUCCACAAGCCCCCCGGUAUCUCCUCCGCCGGCCUUCUCGAAGUAAUAAAAAAACAAUUCAACUCCUCCAAGCUUUUUGCGGCAUGGCUCGAGCGUGAGCGUGACCGAAUCAAUAAAUCCGGUGAUGAACGCCAACGAAAGAGAUGGAACAAAUCCAAAUUCCGGAGUCAAGUGAAGAUGGGUCAUGGUGGGACACUUGAUCCGCAAGCGACUGGAGUUCUUGUGGUGGGCGUUGGUCGCGGCACGAAAGCGUUAAAACAGUUCAUCGAUUGCACAAAAGACUACGAAGCCCAGGUAUUAUUCGGCGCAGCCACAGACACAUACGAUCGAGAAGGGAAGAUCUUGGAGAUAGGCGACACUGCGCAUCUGAAAAGAGAGUUGGUUGAAGACAAAUUGGCCGAUUUUCGCGGGGAGAUUAUGCAGAGGCCCCCAAUCUAUUCGGCGCUGCAAAACAAAGGCAAAAGAAUGUAUGAAUACGCGAGAGAGGGUGGUGAAGUGCCAGAAUUGCCAAAGCGAGAGACGCGCGUGGAUCGCUUGGAGAUGACUGAAUGGCUCGAGCCUGAAUCACACCCUUACCGAUUCCCAGCAGAGAAGUUGAAUACAGAGGAUGCCAAAGGUGCGAAAGUAAUCUUGGAUAAGGCUGUUGGCAUGGGAGCUUCGAAGAAACUCAAAACCAAUCACGGACCUGAAGAUUCAACUGUACAAAGCGAAGAAUCGACCACAUCCAACACCAGAGCGAAGGCACUUCCAGAGGACUCUGAGGCAGUUACCAGUCCUACAGCGUCACAGAAUGGAGCAAAGACGGAUGAUGCCAUAAUGUCCAGCGCUAUGACAGUCCGUUCCGGCUUCUACGUACGAUCUCUCUGCUUCGACCUCGGCCAAGCUUGCGGUAGCCAAGCCUUCAUGGCCGGACUGAUACGUACACGCCAAGGACGCUUCACGUUGGGCGAAAAUGUGUUGGAGUAUACCGAUCUCGAGGCUGGUGAAGACGUUUGGGGUCCAAAAGUGAAGCGCAUGCUGCGCACAUGGAUGCUGGAUGAAGGAUACAUUGGUGACGUCGAGGGAGAAGAAGACGCAGAGGACCAGGUGUGGAUGGCGGCGUAUGACGAAAGCGUGACUUCGGUUGGACGCAGAGCGAGAAGGGACAGGCAGGAGGAGGACGAGCUCAAGAAGGGGACAGAGGUCUAA